CUUUUCAUCGCGAGAAGUUCAAUUACACGCUUAUUUUUCUUUCUUUCGUCAUCUACCCUCUUUCUCUCUCUCAAUUGUAACCUAAUUAUUCCUUUUUACUUCAAUCAUGCCAGAAUCGCCAUGAUCUUCUUACUUUUCUUCCUCCCUUUUGCUCUAAACCCAAUCGCUUCCUUCAAUCAACAUCAGAAAGGGUCACCCCAUCGAUUUCAUACAUCAAAUUGAUACAAGAUUAUUCUUCUUCCCCACUACUAUGUGUUCUUCCACGGACAACAGAAUCUUGCCUAAAUUGGAGUUUAAUUGGAGAAUUGUUAUGACAACGAUAAUAGGGUUCUUGGGUUCUGCUGCUGCUCUUUCUAAGUGUACCUUAUCUCUGCCUCACUACCAACUGGGCUCUUCUCCAUCGCAAGCAAUCAGGCCAUCAACCCUCUUUGAUCUCUCUAUCUCGACGGUGUUUAAACAAGUGGAAGGGAUUGAAGAAAUUUAUGAAUCCUUCAAGGUGGUGGUGGUGCAGAUUGGUUGCAGUUGGGCUGAAAUGGGUGUCCCUCUUUCAAAUCUCACUCCCAGUCUCCUUGUUUCAAAGCUCUGUUUAGGGACGAUGAGCAAAAUUCAUUGUCACAGUCCUUCAAACUCCUCGACAAAGCAUUCGACUCCGGAAUCAACUUCUUUGAUUCUGCAGAAAUGUAUCCAAUGCCACAUCAUGCAGAAACACAAGGAAGGAGCGAAGAAUACUUUGGUUGCUGGCUUAGAGAAAGAAAAAUACCUCGUGAAGUUCAAGAAUAUCCUCCAUGUCAUUUAUUUUAUAAUUUUAUUUGAUUCUACAGCCCAUCAGAAGAAGCAGAUGCUGUCUUUAUCUGUUCAACAACAUGAAGAGGGACUACAUAAAAAAGAAUUUCAAGGAUUUACAUAAUUAUUUGAGUGAUGUACUAUAACGGUUGAACAUAACAAAAACAAUUCGCAAAUACUCAAUUGAUAAACAUCUAAGAGCUAUUGGCUUUGAGUUUGACUCUAGACCUGUUACUAAUAUGCUUAAACAUGAUCAUGAUAAUGAUGAAGAAUAUGGUGAAGGAUCUGUUGCAUUAAACGGAUGCAAUUUCGAUAGAAUUUCUCAUCAGUAUGUGAUCAUACAAUUUUGAAGUUUAUGUUUGUUUUCGUUUGUUUUUAACACGAUAGUAUUCGUCUUGUGUAAGGUAAUUUCAGAUUUAUGUUGAAUUAUUUAUAUGAUAUCAACAUUUUGUUUGGCAAAAUUUUAUUAGGAUUUUAUAUGUAUUAUUAUUUCAAUAUUUUAUUUAGAC